AUGAAUGAUGUUUAUCCGGGACAGUCCAAUCAACGAGAAGCGCUGGCGAGUGAAUUCACGGACCCCUACAUAUUGAAAAGCUUUGCUCCAUGGGAUAAGGAAAAGAGGAGGGAAACGUACAGGGUUGAUUUCAUUCCUCUGGAGAAGAUUCCUGUCUGGAGUCCAUCAGGCGACUCCUCUUGUAAGCCUCGGUACAAAGUCAAUGAAGAGCUGAAUAAGAAAAUAUCCCUCUUCAGUGGUGACAUCACAAAACUGGAGAUCGACGCAGUCGCCAACGCAGUGGAUGGUGCCAUUCAUCGUGGGGCUGGUCCUCUGCUGAGGAAGGAAUGUGCCACUCUGAACGGCUGUGAAACGGGGGAGGCCAAAAUCACUGGAGCCUACGGUCUGCCUGCAAAAUAUGUUAUUCACACCGUGGGUCCGAUAGUCCAUGAUUCAGUCGGGGACAGAGAGGAACAAGCACUGAGAAACUGUUAUUAUAACUGUCUGCACACAGCAACUAAGAACCACCUGCGGACUGUGGCUUUUCCCUGCAUCUCUACUGGAGUGUAUGGAUAUCCACCUGAUCAAGCAGUCGAAGUUGCCCUGAGAACAGUGAGAGAAUACCUGGAGCAAAAUCACGAGAAGCUGGACCGGGUCAUCUUCUGUGUGUUUCUGAAGUCUGACAGAGAGCUCUAUGAAACAAUGUUGCCUGCAUACUUCCCACGAGGUUCACCGCCAAAGAGCAAAUUAUGAGAGGAUGGCAUAGUUGCUGUGGAAACGCCACACAAACUGCUUUUCCGUCACAUCACCGUCUCGCUUUUACCUGAUGCAGCCCCUACAAACACCAACAACAACAGCUGCCUGACACCACCUGAUUUAUUCAUAUCACUAAACCAGUGCUACAUGGAAUUCGAUGAUUGCUAUCAGCUUCCCGUUGGGAGUCAUAUUGCUAUUGGAUUUGUAUUAAUAUAGUGGUAGUUAACCCAAAAAUCUGCAUAGAAUCAUACACAAAAAUACUGCUUUAUAACAAAUAUCUUCUUUUUUUUUUUUAUUAUAUCUCAAGUUGAUUGUCUUUCUAAUCGCUGUUUUAUUGCUUAGGCUACUCUUGUUGUUUCUCCUUCCAGAAACAAUUUCCUGCAAUUACAUGAUUUGUGCUGCAUUAGCUUUGAAAUUAUAGAAGAUAUCCUACGUGAAUAUUGUUUAUAGAGUUGAAUAAAAAUUGAAUUAAGGCAAUCAAAGGAAGCAAAAGAGUAUGUCAAUGGUUGUAACACUUAACCUAUAAUGAAAGUGCACUAUUUGUACUUCUUCAAUGUACUUUCUGUCUUCCAGUAUGAUAAAAGGCCCUCAUUAAAGUCAACUCCCCUCUCUGAA